AUGGAAUCAAAUAUACCCGGGGUUGACAUGGGUCGUUAUCGCCGCAUAGUGCAGAUGUUCUGGGACCCUGAGCCUUGCAAUGACCAGGUUGACGAUCAACCUGCGUGGUGUCUGGGCAACUCGUAUACCUUGAACCCGAAGGACAGUCGAACAAGACUAGAGACCGGCCAUGCUACCUCGCACCUGGUAGCAGACAGAGAAGCGCAAACGAAACACGGAGAUACAGUAGUCCCAGGAAAUGCCCCGGAAACUCCACCGGAGUCGCAAACGAGCAGCUUCUCUUCUUCUUCUCUCGCUUACGAAGAGGCCAUGAAUCAAGACGGAGGGUGGCCGUCAGCGUUCUUGGAUGACUUUGAAUCUAAGUUUUGGAUGACAUACAGAUCCGACUUUGAGCCUAUUGCAAAGUCUACUGAUCCUCGUGCAGCAUCGGUCCUCUCGUUAUCAAUGCGGAUCAAGAGCCAGUUCAUGGAUCAAGCCGGAUACUCAUCUGAUACUGGAUGGGGUUGCAUGAUUCGAUCAGGACAAAGCCUAUUAGCCAAUGCCAUGGCUGUUUUAGACCUUGGUAGAGAUUGGCGUCGCGGUGUCGUACCAGAGAAAGAGCGACAGCUACUGUCCAAAUUCGCCGAUGAUCCGAAAGCACCCUAUUCAAUCCAUCGUUUCGUACAGCAUGGCGCGGUCGCGUGUGGGAAAUAUCCUGGGGAGUGGUUUGGCCCUUCAGCUACAGCCCGAUGCAUCAAAGCCUUGGUCAAUGCGACUGAGACCCAUCUUCGAGUGUAUUCAACUGGCGAUGGACCGGAUGUAUAUGAAGAUAGGUUCUUGGACAUCGCAAAGCCCAGCGGGGAAACAUUUCAUCCAACUCUCAUCCUUGUUGGGACGCGGCUCGGCAUCGACAAAAUCACACCUGUAUAUUGGGACGCGCUCAUUGCAGCCUUACAGAUGCCGCAAUCAAUUGGCAUUGCCGGCGGGCGACCUUCAUCGUCGCACUAUUUUAUCGGAGCACAGGGCUCUUUUCUUUUCUACCUCGAUCCCCAUCACACCAGGACCGCACUACCAUAUCACCAGGAUCCUACCCUGUACGCACAGGUGGACGUGGAUUCUGUCCACACUCGCCGGCUUCGCCGACUACACGUCCGAGAGAUGGAUCCCAGCAUGCUGAUCGGUUUCGUCAUCCAUGAUGAGGACGACUGGGAUGAAUGGAAGCGAAAUGUCAAGCACGUCCAGGGCAAGGCCGUCAUCCACGUAGCAGACUAUGAUCCUGUCCAUCACGGAGCAGCCGGGGGUCGUGCGGGUGCCAUCGAUGAAGUCGAGCUGCUGAGCGAUGACGACGAAGGCAUUGUUUCGGGAGCCUGA